GAUGUAUAUGAGCGCAAGCGGCGGGAUCGUUCUCUCUUUUACCGCCAUAAGAGCGGAGUCUUUUUCUUUGGGACCGCUUCACUGCGUAGAUCCACCUAGCCAAGCCGCCAGCUAAAGCAGCAUCACUCGAGACCUGGCUAAGAUGGCAGACAUGGACAAUAAGGACCAGGCUGAGCUGGACCCGGCAGAUUUGGAGGACGUGGAGGACGUGGAAGAGGAGGAGACUGGAGAGGACGUCAACAGCAAAGCUCGUCAGCUCACCGUGCAGAUGAUGCAGAACCCACAGAUUCUGGCCGCGUUGCAGGAGAGGCUGGACGGCCUGGUGGGCUCGCCGUCAGGAUACAUGGAGAGCUUACCAAAGGUAGUGAAGAGACGGGUCAACGCCCUAAAGAACCUACAAGUGAAAUGCGCCCACAUUGAGGCCAAGUUCUACGAAGAGGUCCAUGAACUGGAGAGAAAGUACGCCGCUCUCUACCAACCCCUCUUCGACAAGCGAAGCGACAUAGUUAAAGCAGCCUAUGAGCCCACAGAGGAGGAGUGUGAGUGGAAGGCUGAUGAGGAGGAAGAGUUGACAGUAAGUAAACAGGAGGAGAUGAAGAAGGCCAAGGUGGAAGAGGAGAAGAAGGAUGAGGAGAAGGAGGACCCCAAAGGCAUUCCCGAGUUCUGGCUAACGGUUUUCAAGAACGUCGACCUGCUUAGCGACAUGCUGCAGGAACAUGAUGAACCCAUCCUCAAGCACUUACAAGAUAUCAAAGUCAAAUUCUCAGACCCUGGCCAGCCCAUGAGCUUCUCUUUAGAAUUCUUCUUUGAGCCCAAUGAGUUCUUCACAAACACUUUGUUGACAAAAACCUACAAGAUGAGGUCUGAGCCUGACGAGAGCGACCCCUUCUCCUUCGACGGGCCUGAGAUCAUGGGCUGCACAGGUUGUACGAUCGACUGGACGAAGGGCAAGAACAUCACGCUGAAGACUAUCAAGAAGAAGCAGAAGCACAAGGGGCGUGGCACAGUCAGGACGGUCACCAAGACAGUCCCCAACGACUCCUUCUUCAACUUCUUCACCCCGCCUGAUGUCCCUGAAAGUGGAGAUCUGGACGAGGACUCUGAGGCUGUCCUCGCCGCGGACUUUGAGAUCGGCCACUUCAUCCGCGAGCGUAUCGUCCCCAGGGCUGUGCUGUACUUCACAGGGGAGGCCAUCGAGGAUGACGAUGAUGAUUACGAUGAGGAGGGAGAGGAGGCUGAUGAUGAGGAGGGUGAGGAGGAGGGAGAGGAGGAGAAUGACCCUGACUAUGACCCCAAGAAGGACGCAAAUCCCCCAGCCGAGUGCAAGCAACAGUGAAGGCUGCGGCUUUGAGGAUCAACUGCACUGUAACAGCUUCUCAAAUAAAACACUUACUUACGCCUUAUAAUGUUUUGUAUUUUUCUUGGUAGAAAUAAAAAAUAAAGGGUUUCAAGAUUUUUGUUACAAAAACUCCUAAUAUAAUGUGAGCAGUGGCUCGAUAUGCAUAGUAUUUUACUAGACAACCCCCCCCCCCCCCCCCCCCCCCUGUACAAAUAGUUAGAAUGCCACAAACUCCCUGAAAGCAUGAUCUUGUUUCUCUCACUGCUAAACUAGUUUGGGUUCUUGUGAAGUUUUUGUUGUAUUGCUCUUGGACAACAGCUGUGGUUAGACUGCAUUGAGGCAGGUGAUGAGAAAGCCAACCCAUUCCUUUUUCCUCGCGCUACCAAAGUUACCGGUCAGUUUAGGUUGGAAGUCUUUGUCAUUGUAUUAGCGGGCCUCGCACGGUCAGAGCAAAACACGGCUAAUGAAAAACUUUGAAUCGCGGUGCACAUUUGGCCACUCAAGCAUGCCAUUUAGAGCAGGGAAAGCGGUUAUUGGCCACUUGGAUGGGCUGAAUCAAGUUGUCAAUCUAAAACAUUCCAGUUUGCAGACUGACAGGCAUUGGAUGUUUGAAUGCUCUCUUGGGAUCAAUAUUACCUCGAUGACAUGGUCUGAUUUGUUCAACAGAACCAUGUGUUAGCUGCUAAAUUUAAUGAGCUGUUUCUGCAAGUAAUUUGUUUCUAUUAAAUACUUAAUGCUCUUUCUGUAUUUCAAUUUGUGUUAAGGGAAUGUUUUUCCUCCAACACGCAGCUUGGUCUUGUCCAGUCACUCCUUAACAUUCCAGAUGAUUUGACAAGGGACAGUUCUGAGGUUUCGCCAGCAGGGGGCACCCCAUGCCCAAUAAUCUGCUUCAGGCUCUUGUUAGGCCUACAGUUGACUUGUCUUUUUCUGUAGCACUUUGUACUACUUAGUCAUGUAUCAGUGGUGUCCUCUAUGGUUGGCUGUCGGUCCAGUAGCCCUUGUGCAAAUCAAAGUGAGCAGUACUUUGGAGGCGGCCGUUGUCAUACUGCGCCCUGAUGAUGCCCUAUGGGCUUUCUCCUGCGCCAUUAAAUAUUUCCCUGUAAUACAUGAUUCUCCCAAGUGCAUUAGCCUUUAAUUUGGGAAUCCCACUUGACUUGUGUACUCUGAUAGCAAUAGGUUUGGAACAGGUUCCCUUCCGAGGAACAAAACGACCAAAUCCAGGCUUAUGUUGGCAUGUGGUCGUGGCUUUUGAGCCUUGUAACUCUCGAGGUUAAGAUCGUGUCUGGUCCCUAAGCAUAUGUCUAAUUUAUCACUGUGAAGGAAAGGUGGCAAUGAGUUCUGGUAGAAGUCCUGUCUGUUGACCGCCCUCUCUGUAGCCAACCCCACCCAGCAGGUCACACUGAAGCAUGUAACAGCAAUACUUAGUCAGGGAAUGGAAAUAAAAUGAAAAAAGAAGUAGCUUACGCCCACCCACCACCUUUUUCCUUUAGUGGAGACAGCCAUGUUGUAGGUGUAUGUUGGGUGGUGGCGCCCUCGCUGCUGCCGCUAGUGGAGCUCUAGGGAGUACUGCUGCAGUCAGGAGGAGAUAAGUCUGGACUGUUCUAGGGAGUACUGCUGCAGUCAGGAGGAGAUAGGUCUGGACUGUUCUAGGGAGUACUGCUGCAGUCAGGAGGAGAUAGGUCUGGACUGUUCUAGGGAGUACUGCUGCAGUCAGGAGGAGAUAGGUCUGGACUGUUCUAGGGAGUACUGCUGCAGUCAGGAGGAGAUAGGUCUGGACUGUUCUAGGGAGUACUGCUGCAGUCAGGAGGAGAUAAGUCUGGACUGUUCUAGGGAGUACUGCUGCAGUCAGGAGGAGAUAGGUCUGGACUGUUCUAGGGAGUACUGCUGCAGUCAGGAGGAGAUAAGUAUGGACUGUUCUAGGGACGACUGGAUUCUGUCUGACUCCUUGAGCAGCUGUUGUCAAAGCUAAAUGCUAUGCUACAAAAUACUAAAUGUACUCGAUAACUGUAUGUAUAUUCAUGAAUAAAUUGGUUAAACGUG